AUGGGAAGGCGAGCAAGGCCUGAGGGGCAGCUGGAGUUUAUCUGUAUCUCUGACCUCCCCACAGUGAACAUCCUAACCUGGAUGCUGGAAUGGAAGGGAUGCACGUCCCUGCUGGGACUUGCUGGACCACUCCAGUGCUUGACACCUACAGCACCUAGCACUUGCUUAGCUGGCACAGGAGAAAGGUGGAGAGGCCACAUACCAAAAGGGCAUGCGACCACCGCAGCCCUCCCAAGUGGAGCUUGCCUAGAGGAAGGAGGAGGGCCUGUUGCUGGAGAAAGGCCUCCACUCUGGGGCAGAGGCAUCUGUCUCCUAGGGAGCUGGCUCCUCAACGGGCAGGGAGAGGGAGACACAGGCUGGCCUCAGCGUCCCCCACCUCUGGGAGCAGCGCCCCCGCACCCUUCCGGCCCGGGGCUGCAGUAUCGUCCCCGGCCGGCAGAGGCGCUGCGGGGCGGCGCCAGCGCGUUCCCACAGGUCGCGGCGGAGGCUGCGCCCCCUCCCCUGCCCGCUUCCUGGUCCUCGGGGUGUGAGGGCCGCGGCCUGGGACUCCAGACCCAGGGGCUGCGGGUGUCCUCGGCGGCCGCCGCAGCGUCCGCGGCGACGUCACGGUCCUCGCGGCCUGGCAGCCAGCGCUCGGGCCGGCCGCCGAAUGCCCGUGGACGCGCAUCUCCUCCCCGAGUUCCUGCUUCCCGGGCCAGCCAAAGCCGCAGGGAACUACACAAGGCCUUGUCUGUUGUGAGUGCCUUCAAGAAGAGACAGGUAAAGAGACGCCUAGUUCGGAGACAGAGAAGGAUGAUGAUGGCGGCUGCCCCUAAUGCACACAUGCAUGUCAAGAAUUUGACUAUGGAAGAAGGAGUUUGCACUGGAAAGAACACUAUGCAUCAGCUCCAGGUCAAGGUUGACGCAGCAACCCAGGAGGAGAGCUCUCGGGGGCCUGUGCUGCUGAGUCAGCCCCCAGAACUAACAUCUAUGCCAUAUACUCCAGAGACCACAGGGCAACAACUGGCGGUUUCCCUUUCAGGGGAGCUCCAUGGGCUCUCUACCAUGCCGAGCAUGUGCCCAAGCCUGAUGAUUCAGCCCUGUGCCACUAUUGACCCUAUGCUACUGCACUCACAGGUCCUGGGCCCCAAUGCCUCCAACCAGGCUUCAGUUUCUGCUACCUUGGAGUGGCAGGAGAUGCUGGAGGCUGCUGAAGCUCUGCUGGCUCUGAAAAAUUCUUCACAGACAUAUCACCAGCCCUGUGGUGUACCAGAUCCUGCUGGAGAGAGGGGACUGCAGCUGGCUAGCCCCACAAUGCCACCUCGGCCUGCUAGCUCUGAUUCACUGCCUUCUGGACAUUUGGAUUGCAUGUCCCUCUUGACCUAAGAACCCAUGCUGUGAGGCCUUGCUAGAGCACUGCCUGUUUGA